UUCAGGAACUAAAGCAUACCAUUCAUACUACAAAAGCUGGUAUGCAGUUUAUGCGAAUGAAAUUUCAUGAGGAGUUCAACAAUCUAGGUAUGCACGUUCAUGGUCUAGCUCAUGCUGCGUCUGGUUAUCACAGAGUUCUGGAGGAAAAUCGCAAGCUAUACAAUCAGGUGCAGGACCUCAAGGGAAGUAUCCGUGUCUACUGUCGAGUGAGACCAUUCUUAUCUGGACAGUCAAAUUACUUGAGCUCGGUUGAUCAUAUAGAAGAGGGGAAUAUCACAAUUAACACCCCAUCUAAGUAUGGUAAAGGACACAAGUCCUUCAGCUUUAACAAAGUUUUCGGGCCAUCUGCAACACAGGCGGAGGUGUUCUCUGAUAUGCAGCCACUGAUCCGAUCAGUUCUUGACGGAUACAAUGUCUGUAUAUUUGCAUAUGGCCAAACGGGAUCUGGAAAAACUUUUACUAUGAGUGGUCCCAGGGAGCUCACUGAGAAAAGUCAAGGUGUUAAUUACAGAGCAUUAGGUGAUUUGUUUCUUCUAGCAGACCAGAGAAAGGAUAUGUUCCGCUAUAACAUUGCUGUUCAGAUGUUGGAGAUUUAUAAUGAGCAAGUCAGGGACCUGCUUGUUACUGAUGGAUGUAACAAAAGAUUAGAAAUUCGCAACAGUUCUCAAACUGGUCUUAAUGUUCCGGAUGCAAGCCUUAUUCCUGUUUCAUCAACAGUUGAUGUUAUUGAUCUAAUGAACCUUGGACAAAAGAACCGUGCAGUCGGUGCAACAGCCCUGAAUGAUCGUAGUAGUCGUUCUCAUAGUUGCUUGACUGUGCAUGUUCACGGAAGAGACUUGACUUCUGGAAUGUUAUAUCGUGGAUGCAUGCAUCUGGUUGAUCUGGCAGGAAGUGAGAGGGUAAACAAAUCCGAGGUCACUGGAGAUAGACUGAAAGAGGCACAGCACAUUAACAAAUCUCUGUCAGCGUUAGGAGAUGUUAUCUCUUCUCUUGCGCAAAAGAACCCACAUGUCCCAUACAGAAACAGCAAACUCACACAAUUGCUCCAAGAUUCACUUGGGGGGCAAGCCAAGACACUAAUGUUUGUUCACAUAAGCCCUGAACCUGAUGCCGUUGGUGAAACAAUAAGUACACUUAAAUUUGCAGAGAGGGUUGCCACUGUUGAACUUGGUGCUGCUCGAGUGAACAAAGAUAGUUCAGAUGUUAAAGAGUUGAAAGAACAGAUUGCCAGCCUUAAGGCUGCAUUAGCAAGGAAAGAAGGAGAUCAAGAACAUUCAAUGGCUGGCAGCUCUGAAAGAUAUAGAACAAAAACUAGCGAGUUAUCACCUUUUAUUUCUAACCAACGGGUUGGAGAUAUUUUGGGUGACCAAAACAGCUAUCGGCAAGCCAUGGGUGAUGUAGAGGUUCAAACCAACUCUGUGUUAAGGCAAAAGAGGCAAAGCUUUGAUCUUGAUGAGCUAUUGGCGAAUUCGCCACCAUGGCCUCCGGUUGUUAGUCCGGCUCAAAAUUAUGGGGAGGAUGAGAAAGAAAUAGGCUCAGGUGAAUGGGUAGAUAAAGUCAUGGUUAACAAACAAGAUAUUGUAAAUAGAGUUGAAAACUCUCUUGGAUGUUGGGAAGCAGAUAAUGGGCAUUCGCCUGAUGUCUUUUACCAGAAAUAUCUCCAAGAUUCUUCCAAAAUUUAUCCGGAACAACUCUUCAUGGGAAGCAACCAGUUCAGUGUUGCUACUUCAGAUGAUCUAGAUGAUAUUGAUGCUGCUACCAGUGAUUCAUCUGAACCUGAUUUGCUUUGGCAAUUUAAUCAGUCCAAAUUUACAAGCAUAACCAAUGGCAUGGAGUCAAAGACCAAAAAGCAAAAUUUAAAAUCAGCAAAGAACCUAGAAAUAAGGAACCUAAAUCCUAUGCUAGGCGCUUCACCUUCAAGAAAACUAGCAAACGGGGUUGGUGUUCCUUUACACCGAGGUGGGAGGCAGCCUGCUUCUGCUGAUGGAAAACGGAAAACUGGAAAUAGAAAAUAGCAGUGUUGUUAGCCAUGUUCACAGGGUGAUUUUUUUUUUUUUU